AUGCAAUCCGCAAAUCCAGAUAACUUUUUCCAGACCGAUGCGGCUUUCGCACAACAGGACCGAAAGGCCGCCAAGGCUGGCAACAAGAAUGGAGAUCCCAUAUCUAUGAAGUCUAAGAUAUUGGCUGCCAUAGCUGACCCUUUUCACCCAAGUGAUGGCGUCUUCAUUGCUGAAUCUGCUGGCACCGUCCGGAGGCUUAACAUCAAUUCUACCGAAACUAGAACCACCUAUCGGGGACCGAAAGCCCCCGUGACAUGUGUCGCAGUUGGCGGUCAAGGGUCUAGUUUGCUCUUCGCAGGCUCCUGGGAUAAGGAUAUCUGGGUCUGGGAUAUCGCUACAGGAGCCUCCAAGAAAAGCCUCAGCGGUCACACAGAUUUCGUGAAGACCGUUGUAAGCACGACAAUUUCCGGCAAGCCCAUCCUCAUCAGUGGUGGCGCUGAUAAGAAGAUAUUCAUCUGGGACAUUGAAUCGGGCCGCCGGCUGCACACGCUCCAAGACCCGAGCACGACGAUGCUCGCGGUCCAGCACCUGGCCAUUGACCCGGUGUUGAGCACGGCAGACUCGGUCGUCUUCGCAAGCGCGAGCAGCGACCCCAAUAUCCGCCGCUGGAGGGUCACGCUCGAGGACGCAGAGCAGCUGCCUGAAUCCUUCAAGGACCGGCCGGAUACUGAGCGGCUCACGAUCGAGGAGCACGAAACUAGUGUCUACAGGCUGUUCUACGACGACCUAGACGACGGAGAUUUGUGGACGGCCAGCGCGGAUGGUACAGCCAAGUGCCUGUCCCGGGCCAGGAAUUUUGUAACGGAGGACGAGUUCGCCCAUGGUGACUACGUGCGUGCAAUUGCUGUUACAGAGGACUGGGUCAUCACUGCAGGACGGGACGAAAACGUCAAAAUAUGGGAUCGGGCAACAGGAAAGCUGUACACCAUCCUCGAGGGCCACUUUGAGGAGGUGACGGAUCUUGUUUUACUGCGAGACGCCAACGGCCGCGCCACCAGUGUAUCUAGCGUGAGCAUCGACAGGACUGUCAGGACAUGGCCUCUGGCUAAGAAGGAGCUCGACGAAGUCAUAGAAAAGAUCAAGGAGGCAGCAAAGCCCAAGCAGGAGAAAGAAGACAAGCCAGAGGAAGGGCUACUGACAGCAGAGGAGGAGGCAGAGCUGGCGGAGCUCAUGGACGACUAG